GAGUUCCGAGACAGUUUUCCGAGACACGUCAGGAAAGUUCAACUGACAUCAACACGAAACCUCGUUCUAAAAAAAAAAGCUCACGCGGAAAUAUCGACAUCGUGAUCAUAGACUCACACAUUGAUCACCCCCAAAAUAAAUCCCAUAAAUAAUCUUCCUCUCCCAUUCGGUACGAGCUCUCGUCAAGCUCGAUUCUCCCUGUCAUGUCCAAAACUACCUUUGCAAUUAUAGCAGGCGUUUCUGCAGCCACAGGCGCCGGUAUAACCGCUGCCAUGUAUUCCACACGAUCUGAAAAGAAACUCCAAGCAGCCGCAAGCUCAACAGCAGUCACAGCAUCCUCUACUUCUUCCGCGCAUUCGCCAGUACCUUUACCAAUCGGUCAAUCCACGAUCAAAGAUGUGAUGGCGCCAGUCGACCCCGCAGGUCUUUUUCAAUACGGAUUUCCAGGACCCGUCGCAGAUCUGGCGACGAGAAAUGCGUUGAUAUCCUCAUUCGAUCGAAGACUUCGAAAUCCUUCUUGGGUUGCAGAACAUAUAACUCCCGCCUCACUUGCAACUUCAAACGGCGAUCGCAAACAUUCCUAUUUCGUCGAAGACCCCUCUGUGCCCGAAAAAUUCCGCGGUAAAUUGAAGGAUUAUGCUCGUUCUGGCUACGAUCGCGGACACCAAGUACCCGCCGCAGACGCAAAAUGGAGUCAAGAAGCGAUGAACGACACCUUUUUCCUCACAAAUAUGUGUCCGCAAGUAGGAGAAGGAUUUAAUCGCGAUUACUGGGCGCAUUUUGAGGAUUUUUGUCGAAGGCUUACGACUCGAUACCCAAGUGUGAGAAUUGUUACUGGACCUUUGUAUUUGCCAAAACGGGAUCCAGCAGAUGGGAAGUGGAGGGUUUCUUAUGAGGUUAUUGGAAAUCCACCCAAUAUUGCUGUACCGACACAUUUCUACAAGGUUAUCUUUGCGGAAGAUGGUACUACAGCAGGUCCAGUAGCAGUCGGUGCAUUUGUGUUACCUAAUGCGAGGAUACCGAAUGAGAAGCCGUUGACGGAUUUUGAGGUACCUGUUGAGAUGGUGGAGAGGGCUAGUGGGUUGGAAUUUAUGACGAAGUUGCCGGCGCAGAGGCGGAAGAGAUUGUGUGAUGACAUGAUGUGUGCGUUGGUAAUUAAAGAUUAUUCGGACAGACAGAAGGCAUUUGCAAAGGAUAGUGCACCAAGGAGGACGAGUCCAAGGCACACUUCUUAAAUUUAAUAUGUAAUGGGUGGGGUCUGCAGCAUAUAUACAGCAUCGGCGAGCAUAUCUGGUGGGAUUGCAUAGCAUGGCGUUUACUUCUUCUAAAGAUAGUUUUAUUUUUUUCGGAUUUGUGUUGCUAUUCAUAUACCAUAACAUUAAUACCCUUCAAUUGCAUUGUCAAGCA